AUGUUUGUUGGUACGAGGAAAGAUGCAUACGGGGUCCGGUCCGUCGUAAGGCUGGUAUUUGUUCUGCUGGCGGUGCUCUCUGCAUUUGCCAGGGCAGAAACUACACAUGUUUUCAAUUUCACCACCGGAUGGGUUAAUGUUAACCCUGAUGGUGUAGGUGAGAAGAAGAUGAUAGGAUUUAACGGUCACUGGCCAAUUCCAGAUAUACACGUUAACAAGGGGGAUCGAAUUGAGAUUUAUUUGACUAAUGGUUUUGACGAUUUGCCCACUUCUUUACAUUUCCAUGGUCUUUUCAUGAAUACUGAACUUGGGAAUUCAAAUCAAAUGGACGGUCCAGAGAUGGUUACACAGUGUCCAAUCCAGCCAGGUGAUACGUUUUUGUACAAUUUCACCGUGCCAGACCAGGUAGGCACCUAUUGGUAUCAUUCCCAUUCGGGAGCUCAAUACACAGACGGUAUGAGAGGUGCAUUUGUCAUUCAUGAUCCAGACAUGCCAUUUGAUUAUGACGAAGAGAUGACCAUUUUAGUUUCCGAUCUUUAUGAUAAACCAUAUUACGAAGUUGCAGAUUUCUUUCUAAGUCAGUACAAUCCAACUGGUGCCGAACCGAUCCCUAGAAAUAUAUUGUUCAACCAUACAACUAAUAAUACCAUUCAUUUCGAUACAGAUAAAACCUACUUGAUCAGGUUGAUAAAUGGAGGUACCUUUGUAUCACAGUACUUGUUCAUCGAAGAUCAUGAUAUGACAAUUGUGGAAGUUGAUGGUGUUUACGUUGAUCCAACGAAGGCAAAAUUGUUAUACAUUGCUGCAGGUCAAAGAAUGAGCAUAUUGGUUAAAUCGAAGCAUACUAAGUCUAAGAACUUCGCUUUCAUGCAAAUAAUGGAUGAUGAAAUGUUAGAUGUGAUCCCAGCUGACUUAGAAUUGAAUAGGACGAAUACUAUUUCAUACAGCUCAAAGAACGGAGAAGCUAAGCAAGCUUACAUUGAUAGUUUCAAACACUUCACGAAUGAUUUCCAUUUGGUUACUCGAGCUAAGACAGAACUAUUAGAUACAUACGAUUAUCAAAUUAAGCUAAACGUUGAGAUGGAGAAUUUGGGUGAUGGUGUUCAAUAUGCUUUCUUCAAUAACAUCACAUAUGUGGCUCCAAAGGUCCCAACUUUACUCACAGCAUUAAGCGCUGGUAAACUUGCCACCAAUCCAGCCAUCUAUGGUGAUAAUAUCAAUGCCUUUGUUCUAGAAUAUGGGGAAGUUGUCGAAAUCGUUGUGAACAAUCAUGAUGCUGGUAAACAUCCGUUCCAUUUACAUGGUCAUGUUUUCCAAGUGGUUCAAAAAUCAGGAGGUAGAGAAGAUGGUGAAGAUCCAAUCGACUACGAUGAGAAGAACCCAGUAUCUGCAUACCCAGAAUACCCAGUACUAAGAGAUACUGUUGUAGUCGAAUCUUUGGGUCACGUUGUCUUACGUUUCCAAGCCACAAACCCAGGUAUAUGGUUCUUCCACUGCCAUGUCGACUGGCAUUUAGAACAAGGUUUAGCUGCUGUAUUCAUAGAAGCACCAUUGUUGCUACAGGAAAGAGAAACCUUAACAGAAAGUGUAUUGAAUACUUGUAAGUCUGGUAAUAUUCCAACCAAGGGUAAUGCUGUUGGUAACGAGAAAGACUGGUUUAAUUUGGAGGGUCUACCAAGACAACCAGCGCCAUUGCCAGCAGGAUUUACUUUCAAGGGAUAUGUUGCAUUUUUCUUCUCUACUGCCGUAGGUCUAUGGGGUAUCUACACCAUCGCUCAAUACGGUCUUGGCGAAGUUGUUCCAGAUGAUCAAGAGUUAGCUGCACAAUUAAAAGCCCUCUUGAAUAACAAAUGA